AUUAAAAAAACUUAAUUAAAACAAAAACAAGAAAAAAAAAACUUUUAUAUUACAAAAUCAUUACAAAAGUUAAAUUAAAUAACAAAAUCCAAAAGAAACCCAUAAAAAAACUACCAAAUUUUUUCUUGAGAUUAUCUUAGUGAAAAACGCACAAGAAAUAUAAAAAAAAAAAACAAAAAAUAAAAUUCAAAAUGCAAAAAUAUACCCCUCUUAAAGAAGGUGUCACUGAACCCUUGACACCCCUAGACCCACCCGUAUCAACUACUAUAACAAAUGGUUAUUUAACGGAUAAUACUUUAGACUCCGACAUGGAUACAACAGAUAAAGCCUCAGCAAUAGCUGCUACAACAGCUGCUGCCAAACAUUAUACUAAUAAAACUAAUAUGGCCAAAUUGCAGUGGUGGAAUGCACCCACUACACGUAUCACCUUAGAUAAAACAACAGCAUCUUUCAAUCCCGAAGAAAAUGAGGCUCUUAAUCAGGCACCAACUCAGGAAGUUAGAGAAGAUUAUAGCGAUAAUGUUUUCUCUACAAAUGUGUUACCAAAUAAUCAAUUACAUGAUGAUCUUUACAAUGCUAAUCAGCAGCAGCAACAACACAAUCAUCAUCAUCAUCAUCACCACAAUCACAAUGCGCAUCAUCAUCAUCAUAGUGUUAGUGAGGGUGGUAAUUCACCAUUGUCGAAAAGUGCUAGCAGUUCACAACAUAAACUGCAUCAUUUGGCCGCAACUAGUAAUGAUCGUAUAUCAUCGAAUAAGUUACCAUUAACCAAUCAAUUCAGCAUUGAAGAAGAUCAUGAUCUAACUAAACAGGACUCUCAAUUAUUAUUAAAUGAUAAAAAACCAUGUUUUGGUUUAUUAAAUCCCAACGAAGAUGAUGAAAUGAAUAUAACCGGCUAUCGCCGGUCAAAUCUAAGAACAUUUUUAUGUUGGCUUUGCAUAUGUUUGACUGGUGGCCUUUUACGUUUAAUAUUACAUUGGUGGCGUCAUUGGUAUUUAAUGGCCACCCAUGAAAUAUGUCCUCUGGAAGAAGCUGAAAAAGUUUUAGUCCAAGAAGACUAUAAGGGAAAACAUAAAAUCUAUUAUGUUAAACAAAUACAAACAUUAGAUUUUAAUACCUUAAGACAGGACCAAUUGAAACGGGCGAAACAAUUAAAGAAAAAAUCAUCGAAUAAUGAAAAUUUAGCAAAUGGUUGUAAUAGUAUAGAUGCAGUAGCUAAUAUUGAUGAAAAAUUUCAUUUAUCGAUGCAUUUUGAAACGGGACAAUUUAAGUAUUGUUCCAGUGCCCGUAUUUUCAAUUGUAAACAAUUGCGUUAUGCCUGGAAUUCACAAACGCAAACCUUCGAUAAACUACAGGGUCUAGAUGUCGAUGUUUUGAAUACAUAUUUCCAUCAACAGAAAGGUUUAAAUGCACAAGAACAGAUUGCUAGACGCUUGGUUUAUGGACCGAAUGAAAUAACAGUUCCUUAUAAAGAUGUUAAGACACUAUUGUUCUUAGAAGUACUUAAUCCAUUUUAUGUUUUUCAAAUAUUUUCGGUGGCAUUAUGGUUUGCCUAUGACUAUUACUACUAUGCCUGUGUUAUUGUAUUGAUGUCAGUAUUUGGCAUAACCAUGUCGAUAGUUCAAACUAAAAAGAAUCAAGAUGCUUUACGUGAAACGGUUCAUAAUACGGGAACAGCUUUGAUUGUUAGCGAAAAGGGAGAUGUACAAGAAUUACCCACCCAAUGCCUGGUACCGGGCGAUAUAAUAGAAAUACCCUCUAGUGGUUGUACUAUGCAAUGUGAUGCUGUUUUAUUGGCGGGCAAUUGUAUUCUAGAUGAAUCUAUGUUGACGGGUGAAAGUGUACCUGUUACCAAAACUCCCCUGCCCAUGAAACGUGAUGUUAUAUUCGAUAAGAAAGAACAUGCACGCCACACACUUUUCUGCGGCACUAAAGUGAUACAAACACGUUUAAUUGGUUCGGAAAAGGUUUUGGCUAUAGUCAUUAAUACUGGUAACAUAACUGCCAAAGGUGGUUUAAUACGUUCUAUAUUAUAUCCACCACCAGUUGAUUAUAAAUUUGAACAAGAUUCCUAUAAAUUUAUUGAAUUUUUGGGUCUUAUUGCCUUAAUCGGUUUCAUCUAUACGUUAGUGAGUAAGAUUUUACGUCAUGUGGAUCCUGUUAAGAUUGCCGUUGAAUCUUUGGAUUUGAUAACCAUUGUGGUGCCUCCUGCCUUGCCCGCUGCCAUGACUGUGGGUCGCUUUUAUGCCCAAAAACGUUUGGAACGUAAUAGCAUCUAUUGUAUAUCACCGCGUUCCAUUAAUGUGGCCGGCAGCAUUGACUGUUGCUGUUUCGAUAAGACCGGCACCUUAACCGAAGACGGUUUAGAUAUGUGGGGUGUGGUACCCAAAUCGGCUACCAAUCAAUUUCAAAUACCCAUCAAACAAAUUGAUCGUUUACCUUGUGAUAAUUUCCUCUUUGGUAUGGUAACAUGUCAUUCGAUUACCAUUAUGAAUGGUAAAAUGAUGGGUGAUCCUUUGGAUUUGAAAAUGUUCGAAUCUACUGGAUGGAUUUUGGAAGAUCCACAAAAUCAACCAGAAGGUCUAUUGCAAUCGACGGUGGUAAGACAACCAAAGAAAAAUCGUAAAAUCGAAGAAGUAACAGGAGAUGAUAGUGAUAGUGAAAAGAAUUUAAGUCAUAUCAGGGAGAGACAAUCAUCUGUUGAUGAUUUACUCUCUGAUGUGGGUUUACUCAAUGGUGAAUCGAAUAAUGAUCAUGGUGUGGUAAGAGAAUUUCCCUUUACCUCUAAUCUACAAAGAAUGUCGGUGAUAACCAGGCGCUUGUGUGAGAAGAAUUUUAAUGUCUACUGUAAGGGUUCGCCGGAGAUGUUGCAACAAUUGUGUGUGCCAAAAAGUUUACCCGAUAACUUCUCCCAACAGUUGGCCAUUUAUGCUAAACAGGGUUAUCGUGUCAUAGCCAUGGCUUAUAAGCAGUUGAGUCCUAAAAUCAAUUUCACUAAAGUACAACGUUUGGCACGUGAAAAUGUAGAAUGUGAUUUAGAAUUUUUGGGUUUUGUGGUCUUGGAGAAUCGUUUGAAACCCGAUACGACAGAAGUAAUAGGAGCCUUGACUAAAGCUGAAAUUAGAACUAUAAUGGUAACAGGAGAUAAUAUAUUGACAGCCUUAAGUGUGGCCAGAGAUUGUGGUAUUGUUAGCUCCACCCAGCCAGUGGUAACGGUUAAUGUAAGACUAAAGCCAGAAGCUAAUGACGAAGGUCAUGAGCACACACAUGCUCAUGGUCAUGGACAUCAUCAUCAUCAUGGUCAUGAACAUCAUCAUCACCAUCAUGGUCAUGGUCAUGGCCAUGAUCAGGAACAUCAUAAUUAUGAAUUGUAUUAUACUUUAGAUUUGGGAAGUGCUUCGUGUGCCUCUACCUCAAUAACAAAUGGUAAAACUAAUGGCACUUUAACCAAUUCCAAUACCACUGAUACACUCUCAUAUGCUGGCGACAAUAACUAUCACAGACUCAAUGGAGAUGUGGCCUCACUAUCCAGUGCUGCUUCUUUAACCAUGCCCAAUAGUAAAAGUUGUGGCAGUGUUGAAACUAUGGAUACUUGGACUCAUAAUGAUAUAGAAUUAGGCAUUUCCACACCCAUGGAUGGGGAACCGCCGCCAUUAAUGUCUGCCAAUAAUGCUCAAUCUUUACAGGACAAAAAAUGGCGUGACAAUUAUCGUUUUGCCAUGGUAGGCAAAACUUGGCAAAUUGUUAAAGAUCAUUUUCCCGAUUUAUUGCAAAACUUUUUGACUCGCGGCGUUAUUUAUGCACGCAUGUCACCCGAACAGAAACAAGCACUCAUAGUGGAAUUACAAAAUCUAGACUACUGUGUGGCCAUGUGUGGUGAUGGUGCUAACGAUUGUGGUGCCUUAAAAGUGGCGCACACAGGUAUUUCCUUAAGUGAAACUGAAUCAUCUAUAGCCUCGCCGUUUACCUCACGUAAUCCCACCAUAGCGGCCGUACCCAAUGUCAUUAAGGAAGGUCGUGCUGCUCUUGUCACCUCAUUUGGUAUUUUCAAGUAUAUGGCUGCCUAUUCCAUGGUGCAAUUUAUUUCUGUCAUGAUUUUAUAUUCCAUCGAUUCGAAUUUGACUGAUAAACAAUAUUUAUACAUAGAUUUGGGUUUAAUAUCGAUUUUUGUUUUCUUUGGUAAAACGGAAUCGUUCCAGGGGCCACUAGUGAAACAGGUGCCUUUGUCUUCAUUAAUAUCACUAACGCCUUUAGCCUCGAUUGUUUUGCAUUUGCUGGUGGUUAUAGCAUUCCAGGUAACCGGCUGGUAUCAUCUACAUCAACAGGAAUGGUUUGAGCCCUUUGUGCACAGCAGUGAAGAUCAUUUGGGCUGUUGGGAAAACUACACCAUGUUUGCCAUAUCUAGUUUUCAAUACAUCAUCUUGGCGUUUGUCUUCUCCAAGGGUGCACCCUAUCGUCGUCCCAUCUGGUCGAAUUUACCCUUCUGUCUAACGCUGAUCGCUAAUCUCUGUAUUGUUAUCUACCUCAUUUUAAUACCACCCGAAUGGUUGUCAGAAUUUUUCCAACUCAUCUUACCGCCCCAAAUGAAUUUCCGCUAUUGGAUGUUGAUUUAUGGUGUUUUGAAUUUCAUUGCCCAUGUAGUGGUCGAAACUUUGGUUGUGGAAUAUUUACUCUUUAAGAAAUUCCAAGCUAGACGUGAUCGUGAUUUACGCACCUCUAAACGUAAAUACAUGCAAAUUGAAUACGAUUUGAAAUUCUAUCAAAAUUGGCCACAAAUCACCGAAGAACCUUUACAUACCAUGGAAAUAGAUCAUGCUAAAGCUAAACCGGCUUAUUAUGAAAUAAGUGCUGAACAAAAUUUCGAUACACCCGCUUCCGAUGAUAAUCCUCUAAAUAAUUUCUUUGAUUUUGAGCCGAAUACACCAUCAUCCCCAGAUCAACAUUUUCAUUUGCCAUCACAUGCACCCACACCACAACUACAAACACCGCCAGCUACUUCAACACCCACUCUAGCGGGAUCAACAGCAGCAGCUGCCAUACAGCAUCCUACUCCUGCACCACCACAAUCUUUAAACUUAGCGUAUACUAAUAAAAAUAUAGAUUGUUGAGAGUUUUAGUUUAAUGAAAAGAAAGUUAUAGUUCGUUUUAAAAUGAUCUAGGGUCUUUAUUUAAGAUGUUAGUUUUUUCUAGGUAGGAGCUAAGGAGUGUUUUUGAUUAUAUUUAGGCUUAAAGUUUUACUUUUUCUUUAAGCUUUAGCAGCUUAAAGAAGCAGGUAGUACCUUUAUUAAGGUAUAAACUGUUAAACUUUAUUUUUGCGAAAUAUUUUGUUUAUUUUUGGAAAAUCCGAUGUUUUUAUUAAAAAGGAGUUGUUCAGAAUUUGAACAACUUUUCACUGAUUAAAAUGUAGAUAACUUUUUAUUAACGAAUUGAACAUAUUCAGAGCAAUCUUUCUGUGAAAACGUUGAUUGGAUUCAGAGCAAGUUUUUUUUUAAAGUUCAUCAGAAUCUGAACAACUUUUUGUAUAUAAGAUGAUCGGAAACUGAUUACAUUUACAUUAAAAGAGUUGAUAAGAUUCACAGCAACCUUGUGGUAAAAAAGCGAUUAAACUUAAGACAACUUUUCAGUGAACAUGUGGAUCAGAUUUUAAGCAACUUUUUAGUAAAAAAAGUUAAUCAAAUUCAGAGCAACUUUUUGGUCAAAAGUUCAUCAGAUUCAAAGCAACUUUUUGGCAAAAAAGUUGCUUAAAAUUAUAGCAACUUUUCAGUGAAAAAGUUGAUCAAUUUCAGAGCAAAUUUUUCAGUGAAAAAGUGAUGAAAUUCAAAGCAACUUUUGGGUGAAAAAGUUGAUCAAGUUCAAAGCAACUUUUUGCUGAAAAGUUGAUCAAAUUCAAAGCAACUUUUUGGUGAAAAAGUUGAUCAGAUUCAAGCAACUUUUUGGCAAAAAAGUUGCUCAAAAUUAUAGCCACUUUUCAGUGAAAAAGUUAUCAAAUUCAAAGCAACUUUUCUGUGAAAAAGUUGAAUUUAAGGCAACAUUUCAGUGAACAUGUGGAUCAAAUUUUAAGCAACUUUUUAGUAAAAAAGUUAAUCAAAUUCAGAGCAACUUUUUGGUCAAAAAGUUCAUCAGAUUCAAAGCAACUUUUUGGCAAAAAAGUUGCUCAAAAUUAUAGCAACUUUUCAGUGAAAAAGUUAUCAAAUUCAAAGCAACUUUUCUGUGAAAAAGUUGAUCAAAUUCAAAGCAACUUUUUGGAAAAAAAGUUGAUCAAAUUCAGAGCAACUUUUUCAGUGAAAAAGUGAUGAAAUUCGAAGCAACUUUUUGGUAAAAAAGAUGGUCAGAUUCAAAGCAACUUUUUGAUGAAAAAGUUGAUCAAAUUCAGAGAAACUUUUUGGUGAAAAAGUUGAUCAGAUUCAGAGCAACUUUUCAGUGAAAAAGUUGUCAGAUUUACUAAGAGGUUGCUCAGAUUCAGAGCAAUUUUUUAGUAAAAAAUUUGAUCAGAUUCAGAGCAACUUUUCAGUAAAAAACUUGAUCAGAUUCAGAGAAACUUUUCAGUGAAAAGGUUGAUCAAAUUCAGAGCAACUUUUCAGAAAAAAGUGAUCAAAUUCAAAGCAAGAUUUUAGUAAAAAAAAAGUUGAUCAGAUUCAGAGCAACUUUUUAGUAAAAAAGUAGAUCAAAUUCUGAGCAACUUUUUGGCAAAAAAGCUUAGAGCAAGUUCUAAGUGAACAUAUUGCUCAUACUCAGAGCAACUUUUUAGUAAAAAAGUUGGUCGGAAUCGGAGAUACUUUUUAAUAAAAAAGUUGAUCAAAUUUAAAACAAGUUUUUAGUGAAAAAAAUGAUCAAAUUCAAACCAACUUUAUGGUAAAAAAGUUGAUCAAAUUCAAAGCAACUUUUUAGCAACAAGUUCAUCAGAUUCAGAGUAAAAGCAACUUUUUAAUAAAGAAAAGUUGGCCGUAAUCUGAACAACUUUUUACUAAAAAUUUUGGUCAGAUUCAGAGCAACUCUGUAAUAUAAAGUUGAUCAGAUUUAGGGGAAAGUUAAUUAUAAUCUGGUCCAACUUUGAUUAGAAUCUGAACAACUUUUCAGAGAAAAACUUGAUUAGUUUUAGAGCAACUUUUCAGUGAAAAUAUUGAUCAGAUUAAGAGCAACAUUCUUGUAAAACAUUGAUCAGAUUAAGAGCAACACUCCUGUAAAAACAUUGACCAGAUUCAGAGCCAAUUUUUAGUAAAAAUGUUUAUCAGACUUAGAGCAACUUUUCAGCGAAGAAGUUGAUCAGAAUCUGGGCAACUUUUUAGUGAAAAAGCUUAAGAAAGUAUUAGACCUUCUUAGACUCUAUCUUCUCUGUCAAAAGUAGAUUAAUAUUAUCGGCAACUUUUCUGUAUAUAACUUUUAGAACUUUUUUAUAUAAAAGUUAUGAUUUUUUCCAAACUUUUUCCAAACUUUUUUCAAAUAAAAACACUCUUAUCUCUAGACACUUAUUUAAACACUCCUACUUACUUUCACUCUUAGAAAGAAAACAAAAAAUCGUUAGGAAUGAAGAAUACAAAAAAAAAAACUUGUGCAUGUUAGUUAAAUUUUUUUAUUUUAAUUUUUAUUUAAUCUUUUUUUUUUUUAUAAUUUUGUAAAUUACAAUUUAAAGUAUGUAUGUAUAUAUAGUUUGAAAGGAAUAUUUUGUACUUAUUAAGAAAAAAAAAACAAUAAACAAAUACUUAAACUGCUUUAAGGAUAAUAUGAAAAGCUAACUAAAGCUAAACAUAAAAAAGAAAAUCCAUCCAGCAGAAAAAUAUAACUUUUUGUUUUUGGAACUUUAAGUUUAAGUUUAUUAUAAACCAGGUCCUACUUAUAACUACUUUAUAUACUUAAUUAUAUACUUAAUUAGAACUCUUAGAGUUUGCUUAUAAAUUUAUUGCUAUUUUUAAUUAUAAUAAUUUUACUAUUAAGUUCAAAGGUGUUUUUAGCUAUUUUUUGUUAAAUUAAUUUUAAAUAUGAAAAGAAAAUUAUGAAAAAACAA